AUGGUUUCUCUCCAACCCAUUCUCACCGCCCUACUCAAGUCCCUCCCGCUUCCCCCCGUCGAGCCGCAUGUCGUUAAAGAGAAUAUCCUCAAGGUUGUCAAGAGCGGGAAGCAGAUGAAGAUAUCAGUGGAGAAUCAGAGGGUGCAGUGGGAGUAUUUGUUGAAGAAUGAGAUAUUCAAGCUUGCUGAAACUGAGGGCGAGGCUUUGAAAGAGGAUCCUGUGGGAUAUUAUGCCCAGCUGCAGACCUGGCUUGACUUAGUCUUGACGUUUAGUGAACUUGAAAUAUGUGACCCGACAUUCACAUUCAUCGUCCUCCAAGACCUCCUCGAGACGCAGACCAUCACUUCGUGCUCGCAUAUAUUCUCUUGGAUCGAAUCUCGCGCGCCUAGGCUCACGGAAGGCAUGGUGCCCCAGAAGGGCAAAUCGCUCUUUCUGCUGAGGAUGCUGAACGACUUGCUGCGGCGCCUGUCGAAGAUGGGGUCGACGACGAUGUUUUGCGGUCGGAUACUGACCUUCUUGAGUGGCGCGUUUCCGUUGAGUGAGCGGAGUGGCGUUAAUCUGAGGGGAGAGUAUGGACCGACGUGGGAGGGCGUGAAGGAUAUGACAAAGGGUGAGGAGUAUGGUGAGAAGAAGAAGGCCGAUAAGGAGACGAAGAAUGAGAAACAGGAUGAGGACGACAAAAUGCAGGCUGAGGAUGACAAGCCUGCGUUGACGACGCAGCCUGGCAAUGCUGACAACUUCUAUCAAACAUUCUGGUCUUUGCAGCAGCCCUUCUCUAAACCACCGCUAUUCUCCGACCCCUCAACUUUUCCGGUAUUCAAGGAAUCUGUGGACAAGGUCCUGCCUGUCCUCAAGGAAGCCACUGCGAAGGAACGCGUAAUGAUGGGCAGCAGAGCCGGCUCCGGCGGUUCAGGCUCGCUCAAACGAAAACGGGAACCACUAGACACUGGAGAAGAACCAGUUACAGACUACUUUUUCGCUAAGUUCUUGACGAGUCCUGAUCUCCUAGAUCUCGAAUUGAAAGAUACACACUUUCGACGUCAGUUUCUUUUUCAGCUUCUUAUACUCCUCAGUCAUCUCCUUACAUUCGUCAAAUCUGCAAAAGAACGGUGGGCGACGGUUCGCAAUCGAUCCUUGCACAUGGAUUUCACACUCGAAGCUGCCGACAUUCAGUGGGUCCAGGAAACCUUCAACAAGACGAUGGAAGAACUUCGGCAAACCACUCCCAAUGGUCGUGCAUUCGCAGACACAGUCGGCGUCAUACUUGAGCGCGAGAAGAAUUGGAUCAAAUGGAAAAACGAACUUUGUGUACCGUUUGACAAGGCGCCCUGGUCUACGGAAGUCGAUGGAGUGAAACUCGGGUUUGAAGAGGCCACAAAGUCGUUACGGGAAAAAAUGAGAGAACCUCCGGAAGAUUGGAAGUGGAAAUAUGGUAGCGAAUACUUGACGGACGUCUGGGAGAUGGGAUACAGAGACCUCGAUGACUUGGCGUUCCCUUUUAAACCGGGAGAGGUUAAAGAUUUUGUCAAACGACUGAAAAUGGAAGAUACUCAGAUUGAGCAGCGGAAGAAACAAAUCGCCAGGCAGGCAGAACGGGUUGCUGCACUUGCUACAAGUCAGCCAAUACUGGCCCCAGUACCACUCAAAAUGUCCGAGACAGCACUUGUCUCUGGUAUCGAAUCGACCCCGCGUCCAGCACCAGUUGCUACUCCCACGAACCCUUCGCUCCAUCCGUCUCUCCCCGCAAAGCCCGUAGCUACUCCAGCACCGAAGCCUGCUCAAGAUCCGCAAACAGCACCACCAGUUCCAGAGCCUUCGCCCACACCACUUCCUGCUAUACAUGCUAGAUCCAGUCCACCAACUGAUCCCAAGAUCAUUAAAUACGAAGAAAACAAGCAAAGGAUCGCAUGGCUCGCGCUCCGGGCGGCCCGUGAACAGCACUUGAAUUUAUUUGGAAGGAUUGGAACCGGGGACAUCGAGCUUUUGGUUGAGGAAAUUGAAUCUGCUAAACAAAAAGAGAUAGUUCAGCCGCUCAGAGAUGCCCCACCGGAAGAGACCGGGUCGGCAAGUCCACUGAACGUGCUCGUUACGGGAGGAGCAGGUUACAUUGGAUCACAUGUCGUCUAUUGCCUCCAAAAAACUCGACGAUACAAAGUUAUUUCUAUAGAUAAUGGCCACAAUUCACUGCCCGAGGCACUCGUUCGAGUUGGCCAGCUAUCCAGAGAAGAGUUACCUCCAGACGCCUCCGAACGGGAUAUCCAAUCCACCGAAAUCGAUAUGCACAACGUCGAUUUGACCAAGGAGGAGCAGGUUCGAGGCGUGUUUGAGAAGUAUGGCAAGGGUGGAAUCUGGGGACUGAUACAUAUAGCGGCAUACAAAGCUGUUGGAGAAUCUACCGAAAUACCUCUCACUUAUUACCAAAACAAUGUUGCCGCGACCAUCUCACUUCUCCAAAUCAUGUCAGAAUUCGAGUGCUACCGGCUGGUCUAUUCGUCAUCUGCCACGGUAUACGGCACGCCCCCCAUCGUUCCCAUUCCGGAGAGCACCCGGUUACAAGCAGACAGUCCUUACGGAAAGACAAAAGUAAUGGCCGAGACAAUCAUUGACGAUCUAUGUCAUGCUGAACCUGAGAAAUGGCAGGCCAUUUCUCUUCGUUACUUCAACCCCGCUGGCGCACACCCUUCAGGCCGCAUCGGCGAAGAUCCCAAAGGCCGACCCGGAAACCUUCUACCACUUCUUGCCCAUAUGGCCGUAGGUCGCGUCAAGGAAGCUGUGCUAAAGGUCUUUGGAAAUGAUUAUCCCACUCACGAUGGAACAUGCGUUCGGGAUUAUCUACACGUCCUAGAUCUCGCUUCAGGUCACCUUUUGGCCCUCGACGCACUCGACGGCAAUAGCCAGGUUUUCCACGACCGACCAAACGCCCGUUUUAAAGCGUACAAUCUUGGCAAAGGCAGAGGGAUGAGUGUGCUGGAGAUUGUCGAGGCCAUGAGACUAGCCACCGGGUUCGAUUACAGAACCGAGAUCAUAGGAAGACGACGCGGUGACGUUCCGGACCUCACUGCGGAUCCCACUCUUGCUGAAAAGGAGCUGGGAUUCAAGGCUUCCCAGGACCUCGGGACGAUGUGUCGGGACCUGUGGAAUUGGCAGAGCAAGAACCCGCAAGGGUACGGAGAACAGUAGGACUUUCUAAUUUAAACUUUUCUGGACGCGUUAAAUGUAAUUAUCGGCCUACCUCGUUUUAUAUCCUACGUGCUACGACCUUGUGGGGCCUUCCUUUCAUCUUAUGUAUUGUUGGAUAGAUCUUACCACUGCGUCGUUUGGGGUCAGGGUGUUAUUCUUUUGAUUUCAAUUUCACUUCCCAAACACCCUGUAUAACAUAGUAACUAUCUCCCUUCAACGUUUACUCCCCGUUUGCAUUUUAAUUUCCCUCUUAGUUGCUAUGAUUAUUUGCUGUAACCGCGAUAGAUUUAAAUAACGAUGCAUAGGAAAAAUUUGAAGUUUUGAGAAUCC